AGGCGGUGCUGAAACGUUGCAUAUAUAAAACAAAAUGUCCAGUCCAGAAGGUUUUGCUGCUGUCUUUUACAGCGAGCCAGGAGUCCUUGGGCUUCUGGCCAACGUGAUCAGUGCCUUCCUUGUAGCUCUGCAGAAUUUUGCACAAGUGAAUACAAAUGUUCUGGCUAAUGGAACUGAAAACAUUUUGGCAGGAGUUCACCUUAUUCUGAUUGGCGGAGUGACACAACUUUUUGCUGGUUUAAUGGCCUUCAGAAAGUAUGACCAUCUUGGAGGCACAGCCUUUAUAGCAUUCUCAGCUCUGUGGAGCAGCUUUGGAGCAACUCGGAUUAUUUUGGGAGCCAAUUCCCCUCUGAAUGAGACAGCCACCACCAUAUAUCCAAUAAACAGCAGCGUGCCAAUUAGUAAUCUAAAUGUGACCAUGCCCCCAAUCAGGGAGUCAGCUGUUGCUGGGCUUGUAGCAUACAUCAGUGUGGCAUUUAUAUUGUCCUUUUGUUCUGCCACAACUAAUUAUAUCAUGCCUUUUGUGUUCGGGGCCAUUACAAUAACACUAAUUUUUGAGGCCAUCGGCCUCUUUAGCCAAUGGGCUUUAAUAGUAUCCGGAAUCUUUGAAUUAGUGAUAGUUGUCUUUGGGCUUUACGGAGCCACUGCCUUACUUUUAAAGGGAGUCACGCAGAGAUACGUCCUUCCUGGGUUUGGCAAUGCAUUAGUUAAUGUUCUGCUUCUAGGGACAAAUGACAAUUCUUCUUCCAAGAGCCUUGGCGAGGAGAAGAAGAAGAAUACUAAAUAUGCAGAGCCAAUGGCUCUUGGUAACCUAUGCAGCGUAAUUUCUCCCUUUGUCUUUGCCUUUUACUGCUUUGGGUACAUGAGAACAUUUUAUGUGGGAGCAGUGUGGGUCAGUAUCAAUUCUAUUGCACAGCUUUAUGGAAGCUAUUAUAGCUACUUACGUACUGAUGUCUACUUUGCCACAAAGUUUGGUGUACAUAGUAUGUUCUGGCUUGUGAAGUCCUGGGAGGAGUUCAUUCUCUCAGUUCUGAGCAAUGGUGAUAUAUUAAAUACCGUAAGAAUCAGAAUGACUGGCAAUUGGUUUUUUUUGGCCACCGCUUUGAUUUUAUGUCUGAUGUCUCUGAAUAGAAGCAAACUUGAAAUAAUCCACAAUGGCUUCUUCAUUCUACUCACCAUCUCCACCAUUCCUCAGAUCGACAAUGUUCCAUACUAUAGAUUUUUUGGUGCGAUUUGCUCAAUGUACACGGCCUUGUCCCUUUACAUAACGUUUGCGAGUCUGAUCAACUCCAUAGCAGAAAAGGCAUUGAUUCCUAUUGGAACCCAGGUCCUCUCCACAAAAACAUUUCAAAAUGUUCUAUUUGCCAUGAAAAAAUUGUUCACCAAAGCCGACGAGCUCCCAUCCUCUACUGAUGUACAGCUUCCAGAUGCCCUGUUCUACAUCUGCAAUGGGCUAGCAGCUCUGGCUGCCAUUCAGGGUGCAAAUAUGGACCAGCUCCAAGCUCAUCUCACUAUUCCCUGGGUGCUGAUCCCUGGAGCUCUCUUCCAAAUCUACGUAUCCAGGAUUCAAGUUCGAGGAGGAAGGCGUUUUGGCUCCGUGCUACCAUUUUGCUAUGCAGCUAUCUGGGCAACCUGGGCCUGGCUUAGAUUUGCAGGUCAGUUGGUGAAUAUUGACACCAAUUCUGAUGGUGCAUUCACUGCAGGAGCCAUUGCAUUCCUUGUAGUCAACAUGUUUCUUGUUGUCUUAGCUGCUUAUAUCAAUAUAGUGCUGCUGAUAACCACAGUGAUCAUGGAAGUGAUAAUCAUCUGCUUUCUACUCUUCACCUUGGAGAAGCUGCCUCUUCCUUUAGAAGGUGUGAUGUUGGCCUUGUUCAGUCUCGUCUGUGUUUACGGAGCAGCUGCCUCUUUGGCUAACCAUAUGUUUGGGAAACAGUUAAUUCCUCUUGGUGGUCCCAUCUUCAAGGCAAAUGCUCCAGGAAAAAUCAGAAAUAAAUUUGAAAAGUCUUCACCUUGUCCCACUGUCUCUUCACGUCUGACUAGUGGCCUACAAACCAUUGCAAAGAUCUUGGAUUCAGGCCAUGUGUGUGGAAUUCCAACUGAUACAGUGUAUGCCCUUGCUGCUUCCUGUAAGCACCCAGAUGCCAUUGAAAGUAUAUACAACAUAAAAGAGCGUCCUGCAGAGAAGCCAAUCUGCAUUUGUAUCUCCAGUCUGGACCAGCUUGCUGCAGUGCGACCUCCAUUCAGCCCAUUGCUCUGGGAGUUCAUGAACCAGGUCUACCCUGGCGGCAUCAGUUGUGUUGUAAAGAAAGGAGAGUGGCUGAAGAAAUUAGGUGUUGGUGCCGCCUAUGAUCGUGUUGGCACGAAGGACAGCAUCAUGAUCCGUGUUCCUGACCACACUGUGACAGCUCAUCUAGUGAAUAUGACUGGACCACUGGCCAUUACUUCAGCAAAUCCUAGUGGAGCGCCUGACAGCAUCCAUCACGACAUGGUUAUCUCGCGUCUUGGGCACAAGAUCAAUGGUGUUUUAUGUGAUGGAAGUUCCAAUGAAUUAGUUGCGUCGACUGUUGUCAACUGCAUCAAGAUUGAUGAAGACGGAAUCACUAUUUUAAGAGAAGGAUGUGUCCCAGCUGCAAAGGUCCUGCAGAUUUUUGAGCAAGUGAAGAACAAAGUUGAUUAAUGGCAAAUUUCAACCAACAGAAAUUUUCAGAAGACACCAAAUCAAGAUACGGAAAUUACCGAAAUUUGGUUACAGAAUGGAAAUAAUGUCCAUUACAUAUUAGAUUGAUUUGUUAUUUAUUUGACAGAUGUGCCAUGCAAUAACCUAUUGUGGGAUCCUUUCAGCUUAGAGUACACAGGAAACAAUGUUUUGUUGUACUUUAUCAGGUAUUAGUUUGCCAUGUAAAAAAAGCACUUUAUAAGAAAGGGAUACAAAAUUCUGAAUUGAAGCUGCAUUCAAUAGUUAAUAACUGAAUAUUUAAUGAAAUUAUGUCAUUUCAAUAAUUCUACCAUUCUGCUAUUAUAAAGUAAAAAAGAAAAGUGCUUAUUUCUAUAAAGGGUAGUGCUGAAUUCAUGAACUGAAGAUCUGAAACAUAAAUCUGCAGAUCCUUGCAUUUGCAAUUUGAAACUGUAUCGUUAAUUAGGAGAUGCAGCUGCAAUGCUCUUACUGCAAUGUGCAUGAAUAUUACUACAUCUCAAUGUAAUCAAAAGCAAAUUAAAAGACUGCUGAUGCUCUAAAUCUGUCAUAAAAUGCAAAAAUACUGUAAACACUGUUCAAGUAAUAAUCACAUUCCAAUCCCUCCUUUUGAGCCCAGAAGCUGCCAGAGGAUAUAGUUGAAAAUUGAACUAUCCCAACGUUUAACAAACAGUUAGACAGGUACAUGGAUAGGGCAGGUUUGAAGGGAUAUGGAUCAAACAUGGCAAGUGGGAUGAGUGUAGCUGGGACAUGUUGGUCGGUGUGGGCAAGUUGAACCAAAGGGCCUGUUUCCACACUGUAUCGUUAUAUGACUCCAUGACUCUAGCAGCAUAUGAAAAUCUACCUCUAUUUUAUCCUUCCAGUCAUAUUCCUUGUGACAAAUGUAUUUAUUUAUAAAUUAAUCAUAAUCAAUAAUGCAAUCAUUUUUUUCUUCUGGUUUGGUGAUAAAACUGUCUUUUGUUAACACAAAUUUUAAUAGAAAACAAAAAUAAUCUGUAAAGUAAAUAGCAAAGUCAUAAGGAAAAGGCAUCUCUAAUGUAGGUGUGGCAGGAAAAUUAGUGGAGGUUAGCAGACAUAUGAAAGAGAAUAGUUUGCAAGGAAAUGGUAUUGAAAUGUUGCUCUGUGAGGCAGCAUAGACUCAAUGGGUCAAAUAUUCCCCUAUAUCAUAAGGACUUUUAUGAGGACACACAUAAUGCUAAUAGUCUGAAUCCUAGAACAUCAUAUUUUUAUCUGAUCUUUUUUAUUGUAAUGCUUUAUCAUCAGGAUUUUGUGGUAAAUGUGUUUGAAGCAGAGCAGAUUCAAUAGUAACGUUCAGGAGGGAAUUGGAUAUAUAACUGAAUAGUAGAAAUCUAAAGGGGUAAGACUGGGACUAAUUAUAUGGCACUUUCCAAGUGUCAAUAUAGGCAUUGCCUGCUGUGCAGCAAGAAUCAGUGAUUCUGUAUAUAUAGAAAUGAUACUGUAUUUUAAAUUAUUUAAAUUAUGGCUAUUUAACAUAUGAUUAAAACAUUUUUUGUUUUAUUUUGAAGAACUUUGAAAGAAUUGGUAACUGGAGGUACAACUUUCAUUAAUCAUUGCCUCAUAUUUAUUAGUUGUUCUCAUGUGCCUUUAUUGUAAUGGACACAAUUGUCUGGAAAUACUCCAACCUAGUUGUGCACUCAGAUUUGGUUCUUUUGACUUCACUGGAGUUGAAAUUUGAAAAAGGAGCAGAGUUUGAUGGCGAUACCUUACUCUAUUGACCAGGAUGAAUUUCUCAGCAAAUUUCUGACUACGUCAACACGCUUGAGUGCCAAAUAACAUGAACUUUGCUGGAAAAUGUAGUUCAUAAGAUGAAGAUUGAACAAUGUAGAAAAUCAAUCUUUUAUGAUUGUAAAUCUUUGUAAAUCUUUUCCACUGUGUAAUUGUUCAUAUUAUGUCAAUAAAGAAUACAAAGUCAAUUAAUU